UAAACAAAAUUGUACAUCAUAUAGCAUUUAGAAUUGUUGUCAUCUCAUCGUUGUCCGUCAUCGACAAAAACAAAAGUGUUUCAGAUUUUUUGUGCUUUAAAUUAAAUCAAAUUAAUAAUCAAUCAUGUCGGCGAGAUACGAUCGUGCUGUUACAAUUUUUUCACCCGAUGGUCAUUUAUUGCAAGUUGAAUAUGCUCAAGAAGCUGUUCGCAAGGGAUCCACUGCCGUCGGUGUACGAGGAGCCAAUGUAGUUGUGUUAGGCGUCGAGAAAAAAUCGGUGGCAAAAUUGCAAGAGGAGCGAACCGUUCGCAAGAUUUGCCUAUUGGACAGUCAUGUAGUGAUGGCAUUUGCUGGUUUAACAGCCGAUGCUCGUAUUUUGAUCAAUCGAGCACAGGUUGAGUGUCAAAGCCAUAAACUCAGUGUUGAAGAUCCAGUUACAUUGGAAUAUAUCACAAGAUAUAUCGCCGGUUUGAAACAAAAGUACACCCAAAGUAAUGGUCGUCGUCCGUUCGGUAUUUCAUGCCUAAUUGGUGGCUUUGACUAUGAUGGCAAGCCACAUUUGUAUCAAACGGAACCGUCUGGUAUUUACUACGAAUGGAAGGGCAAUGCCACCGGUCGUUCCGCAAAAACAGUGCGUGAAUUCCUCGAAAAAUACUACACCGACGAUGAAGUUGCAACCGAAGAUGGUGCUGUAAAAUUGGCGAUUAAAGCAUUGCUAGAAGUGGCUCAGUCCGGUCAGAAAAAUUUGGAAAUUGCGGUCAUGGAACGCGAUAAACCAUUGAAAAUGCUGGAUGCCGAAACCAUUGAAAAGUAUGUGAACAUCAUCGAGAAAGAGAAAGAAGAGGAAGCAGAAAAGAAGAAGCAAAAGAAGUGAAUUUAAGGUUAAGUGAAACAUUUCAUGUUGAUGGCACUUCUUAUUUUGUUUAUUCGGUUUUUAAAAAUCCAUUGAAUGCAACA